AAUGUCUCGAAAGCAGUUUUCAUUUGGUAAUCAAUGUCUAAAAAAAAAAAUCAAAAAGAACAAAAAUCAUAAAACCUUGUGUUUUAUAGUACCAAAAAAAAGAAACGUAGUACAAGUAUUAAAAAACAGCUGCGUCUCCUUAAACAUGUGAAAAAACCCAACAGCGCCGGAAACUUCCAACACAACAACAACUAUAUAAUCACCUCUUCACUUCCACAAUCACAAUCCUUUCCUAAUUUCUUCUUCCUAUUUUACAUAAAGUUUUUAUUUUUUCAUCAAGUUGAGUCAAAAAACAAAAAGGUUGAUUCAAAAAAUGCGAAUGAGUUGUAAUGGUUGUAGAGUUUUAAGAAAAGGGUGUAGUGAAGAUUGUAGCAUAAGACCAUGUUUGGAUUGGAUUAAGUGUCCUCAAUCACAAGCUAAUGCAACUCUUUUUCUUGCUAAGUUUUAUGGUCGUGCUGGUCUCAUUAAUCUCAUCAAUUCUGCUUCUGAAAAUCAUCGUCCAGCAAUUUUUAGAUCAUUGCUACAUGAGGCUUGUGGGAGGAUUGUGAACCCGGUUUAUGGUUCAGUGGGUCUUCUAUGGUCUGGUAGCUGGCAGCUCUGUCAAGCCGCUGUUGAAGCUGUGUUAAAAGGCGAGCCGAUUACUCCGAUUGCUUCAGAGGCUACACAUGGCCCACCUUUCAAGGCCUAUGACAUACGCCACGUGGCGAAAGAUGAUAACUUGGAUGAGACUCAUCGAGUUAAGACUCGGUCGCAGCUCAGACGAGCCGUGAAGCCAAAGCCAAGUAAGAAAACCGGUUCAGUUGAAGAUGUGGACCGGUCUGAAUCAUCGCUUAGUCAACCGGGCAAGGAUAGUGAGAGUGGGGUUUCGGUGGAAACUUCGAUUCUUUUUCAUGAUGAACCGGAGUCGGAAGCUAAGAUAUAUGGUCAAGCUGAGGAUGGUAUGAGUAAUGAGGUUGGUUUGGAGCUUAGGCUUGGGUUCGAACCUGUUCACUCGCGCGAGCCAUGUGAGGAGCACGUGGUUCCCAUAAAGAAAAGAAAAUUUAAUUUGAAGGAUUGUAAUGCUUCUUGCAAAGUGGAGCUUGGGCUUGAGUUUGCGACUUAAAUGGCUUGAACUGAUUUUGGCUGAAUCGGCUUAUAUAUGGGCUUAUAUAUGAGACUUGUAUAAGAGAUGAGAACUACAUUAGAAGAUUAUAUGUAGAAGAAUCUUUGUUAUUUUGUCUUUACUUUUAUUUUCAUGAAAUUCUCCCUUUUUUGGGGUUAACUUUGUGAAUGUGGAGAUGUACAAAUUUGGGAAUGCUUAGAGAAAAAAGAAAUUUUUUAAAGAAA